AUGACUUCUGGCAUCCCGCUGGAGAGCGCUGCGAUAAUGUCAUUAGUGCUGGAAAGCAUGUUAUACGGCUUUUCUGUUCUAAUGUUUAUUGGCACCAUCUGGGCACUGACCUACAAACGCCACAUACGGGACGUCAAUCGCCCAAACACUACUGUCGCCGUCCUGCUGUUCGCACUGAGCACUGCGCACAUGGUCAUAGAUAUCAUUCGGACUGAAGAAGGACUGAUACAAUACAGCGGGUCAGAGGUGUCCUUCGCAGAGAACUCCCAAAAUAUCUUUGUGAUCAACAACACAAUAGUCGUUUUGCAAGCUCUACUUGGCGAUGGGGUGGUGAUUUAUCGUUGUUACGUCGUUUGGCAAACCGUCUGGGUUAUCAUCCUACCAAGCAUGCUGUGGUGCAGUGUCACAGUGACCGGCAUGUACUCAAUCUACAGCGUUUCGAACACAACUAGCACUGUCGGAAACGUCUUCAGCAAGGUGACUCAACAAUGGAUCUCGGCAUUUUCUGGUUUGACGAUUGCGACUAAUUUGUUGGGUUCAGGAUUACUGGCGUACCGCAUCUGGAAAAUUGAACGCAAUGUUACUAACAGUCACACUACGAAGACCACCACAACGAGUAUACUACGCGUGGUCAUGGAUGCUGCUAUUUUAUACUCCAUAGCGCUCCUCUGCACAUUAAUCCUCAUGGUCUGCUCGAACAAUGGAUCGCUUGUUAUGAUAGACAUGCUCACACCGAUCAUCUCCAUUACUUUCUACAUGGUGAUUAUUCGAAUCGCAAUGGGUAGAAAAAAUCACAGUCAUAUUUUGACUGUCGGCGGAAGGUCGACCAGCGAGACGGAUCGAGGAGAUCAUCCUCUGAAGCCUUUGCAGGUACAUAUAUCUCAAUUUACGCACAUUGACGACACCUCGGUGUACAGAAAUGGGAGUCAGGACAGACCAUCGACAGGCAAGGAGGCGUUUGUGGAAGGGGCAUCUUGCACCGUGUAGUCGGAUGAACAAUAAUGACUUCAUAUGAACAUUGUAUUUUUGAUAGUACCAGACGAUAUCUUGAAUAACUCACAAUUUGUAUCUAUGCCGUGUC